GUGAAGGGUAUCAAAAUCCCAAAGCAGCUUCCAAAGCAGCUUAUAUCAGGCACUCAAUUAGCCAGCCAUCAUAUUUCAUUUGGUCCUUUGCAACCUGGGAAGUGAGGACCACCGGUUUGGCAAAGGAUUACGUACGACGGAGAUCAUUGGGGUCAUUAGUGGGCGUGAGGAUUAGCAUUCCAACCCUGGUCUCAGCUGUGAAUUACACCUAAGCCAUCCACCCAAUCAUCAUCAAGAGCCGGCUGCGGGCGUGGAGGUACCAUGCAGGUCAAGUCCGGAAAGGCAUUUGCUGAGUGGAGACGGCUUGCGAAGGCCUUCGGUACAAAUCGCGGGAUUUUGGCGCGCUCUUUUUGUUGGCUGGGUGUUCUCGCCAGUGAUUGGUUCCAGGCUGUCGCGGCUGUUGGGUCCACCUCGCCCGCAGAGAGGCGGCGCAGCUCUCCGCUGGCCUCCUGGGGGAUGGGCCACCAGGAAUCUCCGCUGACCAGAGCUGCGGCGGGAGGUGCAGCUUACAUAAAGAGGUUACGUAAAGCGCUCAGCUGGCGCGAACUCGAGGAUAGCCACGGGAACCUGGAAGCCGAGGCCUCCCCCGGGAGCGUUGCUGUCAUCACAGGAGCAGCGCCGCGACCCGCUACACGUCCAACCCAGCUCCCCACCUCGCGCCCUACUCGGCACCGCAGACAACCCCGGCUCGGAACGGACCAUCCUCCGGCGCGGGCUCCAAGGGGGAACCGGUUCGCCCGGAAGAGGAACAGCGCCGGCCAGAUCACAGUCCAAGGUACCACUCCUCCGCAUCUCGGGGCUAGACGGAGGGAUGAGGCAAGGGGGGCCCGGGCGGCGCCGUUGCUGCUCCCCCCGCCCCCCGCAGCCAUGGAAACGGGGAAAGAGAACGGAGCCCGCAGAGGGACAAAAAGCCCGGAUCGGAAAAGGCGAAGCCCAGUGCAGCGGGUACUGUGCGAGAAGCUGAGGCCGGCGGCCCAGGCCAUGGAUCCGGCUGUGGUCGAGGUCCCGGGCGAGGCCUUCCUGGCCCGGCGGCGGCCGGAUGGCGGCGGCGGGGAUGUUCCUGCACGGCCGCGCUACAGCCUGUUGGCGGAGAUCGGGCGCGGCAGCUACGGCGUGGUUUAUGAGGCUGUGGCUGGGCGCAGUGGGGCCAGGGUGGCAGUCAAGAAGAUCCGCUGCGACGCUCCUGAGAACGUGGAGUUGGCACUAGCAGAGUUCUGGGCCCUGACCAGCCUCAAGCGGCGACACCAGAAUAUCGUGCAGUUUGAGGAGUGCGUCCUACAGCGCAACGGGUUAGCCCAGCGCAUGAGUCACGGCAACAAGAACUCACAGCUUUACCUGCGCCUGGUGGAGACCUCGCUCAAAGGUCGAUCCUUCGGGACCCAGUCUCAUGUCUCGGACAGGAUGGCAGAGGGUACAGGUGGUGGUGAUCUCCUGACAGCUGGACCUCCCACAAUGUGAAGCUUUUGCUUGGGUUUCCCACUCUACCCUUUUCUUUUUCCUUUAUUAUUAUAAUAAUUAUUUUUUUAAACAUUAAACCAUCAGGACUUCUGAAGAGCAGAAGGCUUCGCUCUGGACAGGCACCUUUUUAUUGUUGGGUUUUUUGUUUUAUUUUGCUUUUUAAGAACAUUGAAUGUGGACAAAGCUUAUGCAUAUAGUCACUGUUAAUCUGUUAAUUUCUUAAGUUAGGAGGCAAUUUUGGUUUUAUCGUUCAUGUUCUGUUUUCUUUCUCACACACAUCUCAGUUCUGCUUUAGCAUCCCACUUCCCACAGAAGUUCUGUCUGCCCAGAGUUUGGUAUUUCUCCUGGAAAGGGAUAUGAAGAUCUAAGGAAACCGCCUCUGAGUUGCCUUCCUCCAGAUGUGGGAGCUGCUGGGCUCCUUGGAUGGGUUGGUCCUGGCCAGCCCUCAGGCCUCAGACAGGAUCAGAGAUGAAGAACCUCUCAGAAGAGGAACAGCGGGGGUUGGCCAGAGGGACUCUAGGAAGAAGACCUAAUCCAUGGCUUUGGUUGUCUAAGUUCUUGGGAGCUCCAGGCCACACAGCAGGACUCACUGCAGCGGGCAUUGCUUUCCUCUAGCCCUUUCCAACUGGGGUCCCUGAGGAAAGAGACAAGAGUGGUCAUCCCAUCACUUGGGGAUAAAGAGACCCCACCCCACUCUCCUUGCACAAGCCUAUCUUCUAUUAGGACUGUUGUGCCAACCCCCUGUCGAACUUGGUCUUCCUUGGCCUCUUGUCACUACUAUGAGGCCAAUACCUUUCACCCUCUCCUCCUGGAUUGUCUUCUCUGUGUUACAAGUCCAGCCUGUCACAGAGACUACCUAGGUCUCAACAUCCAGUUUUUGAUCCUUGCAGAGUACCCUCAACUGGCUGCUGCCAUCAUUUCCACACAGUGAAAGGUGUGCCCUGUGUACCAGGAUCCCUAGUGUCACCACUGGAUGACACUGCCAAGCGCCAUCUCUCUUACCCCCAGGGACUUCAUGUUAGGUGAUCAGCCUCUAUGUCACUGUUGUCUGAUGAGAAGAGAAAGGACCUGCCUUGAAGAGGGAGGCAUGAGGCAGGUGGGGUGCCCAGGUGGCUAGUAGAGGCCCAUAUGGCAGCCAGCCAUACAGAGCACCCCUGACCUAGGUCCCCAUGACUGCCGCACACACUUUUCACUCGCAGCUCCCUCCUGUGCAGUGUUUUUACAGCCUCCUGAGGGACGCUCUCCCUGCAGCUGCCCCUGGACCCACCAUGCUCGCUGGGUUACCCUCUACUUAGAUGCCCCUUUGGUUGCUCUGAAGCUUUCCCAGACUUCACCUUGUUCUGGGAAGGGGUCUCUGGACAAGGAGAAAGGGGUGUGCUCAUUCUUGUUGAUACUUCCUAAACUAGCAGAGGAUGGGUAGGGAAGAAAGAGGUCGGGGAGACUUACCUCAAGCAGGAGUCCCUUGUUCCUGUAGAGUGGGGAAAGGCCAGCACAGCUGACCCUGCUUCGUUAGCUCUGUCCACUUCUCACUUUCCAGCCUCCUCUUCGGCAACUCAGCACCAAAGUUUCUUUCCUCUUGGCCAGAGGUCAGCUGCUGUUCCUGUGGGUGUGUGACUGCACCUUACCUUGUGCUGCACUGUGAUAGCAUCUCGUCUCCCUGAGUGACUUUAUAAGCAGCCUCCUGAGGGUGGGAACAGCAGCAUCCCCUAAUUGCAAGUUACAUUCCAUUUCUGUUCUGCCCUCCCUUCCCUUGGGUGCUGCAAUCUCUUUGUGCCUGAGCAGACGGGGAAAAGCAGUCUCUGAGCUCAGGACCCCAACUCUUCCUGUUCUAGACUUGCUCUGGGUUCCUGGUAAAGGCUCACUAUCUGUCUACCUUAUUUCCCCCCACCCCCCCAUCUCUAACCAAGACCUGGGUUAUAGUGCUUUCCCACCAUACUUUUCUUGGUGUCAAUGUAGCCCCUGAGGUUGCAGGUGGGUAGCCUGCUUCCCUGCACCUUAUCUUCCAUGACUCCCAGCUGGUUCUGGCCUGGAGAUUGCACCUCUUUCUCUGGCUCCAGUGAGAGCCAGGUCUUGAGCCCUAAGUGCCUGCUCCUGCUGAGUCCAUCCUCCCCUCCCUGGGAUCCAUGGUCACCCGCCAGCUGGCUGGAAGCUAGCCCAUGACAUGCUUGCUGUGCUCGGCCGGGCUGGUCAGGACCCCUGGGGCCCCCGUCUCUCGGAGACCACCAUCCUUUUCCUCUGUCAGUUUCCUCUCUGGGGUGCAGGCUUGCCAGUAGCUGUGGGGCAUCUGAUCUCAGACGCCUCCAGGUUUGUUAAAUCUGUUCACAUCCUAGAAGUUUUCAGAACUCAUAACGUUUGUCCUUUUGGGGGUGGGGGUGAGGAUUGCCCGUUGGGAGACUAACCUGGCCUCAGUCCUCAGUGCUUAGCCCCCUGUUAGUGAAGGGAGUCAGCAGGACAGAUCUUAGUGCCUUAUUCCAUUGUCUUCCCCUGUCCAGCAGGUAGCUGUCUUCUAGCUCAUUUUGUCACUUGUACUCAGUCCCCCACCUGUAUAUAGCCACAGGGGAAGGAAACCUGAGCCCCACCCACCUCCUGUGAGCUAUACAGACACACACCCCUCUUGCCUCCGCGGCCCUCACAGCAGCUUUAGACUGGGACCAAAUGCUGCUGCCCACAUAUGCACACUGCCUUUGUCCCUCCCUGUUCUUAGCUCUAGCCAAGAAGACGUCAGCUGCACCAUCCAGACUGGCACCAGCUAACCCCCUCUGGUCACAGGAGACCAAGGUUCAGGCUCUAGUCUCACCUCGCUUAGGCACUGGGGCAGGGAGUAGGAACUCUAGUCCCACCUUGCAGGGUUUGCCCUUUGGCUGCUGAGGGAGAUUUUAAUGUUUACUUAAAGAAAAUACCCUGUUUACAGCUGGAGGAGAAAAGCGCCCAUACUAGGUGAGGAUCUGACUCUGGACAGGGCCUGGUCUCCUUUGUGGCACUGCCAGUGGUAACUGCAGUGGUGGUGAAGGCAGAGAAACCCGGAGUGAGCAGAGGCCCUUGACUCACUCUGCUUCCUAACCCUGUGGUGCUGAGACCACGCCCUGUUUUCCUCACAGCCUUCUUGCCCCACCAAUCCCCACCAUGUCAUUUCCUUCCUCCAAGAUUCUCAGCUCUAACAUAUCACUAUUUUAGAAAACCAGUGUUUGCAGCAAUAAAGUUAUAUUGUUUUGUGUGAAUCUUAUUCCAAGACAUGGAAAAGAGCAUCCUUGGGCAUCUGUUUAUUCUAAUAGCUGUUGAGUGUUUGAGAAGACUGCUUGGAGGGAUGGAUUACAUGGCUUUUAACCUUUAUCUUGAAAAGUGGAAGAGCAAGAGUUGGACUGCUAUCCUCUGAGGAGGGACUUCACUGCCCUCCCUUACUCUAUGUGUCCCUCCAGCCCUGCCCACCGUGAGCUCUUCCACCUCUCUUCCUCUGUCCCCAUGGCGGGGGCACUGGUGGCUCAACUCUAGGUGGGUCUUUGGGUUACCCCUUGACUGGAUUCUCUUUCCCUGUGACAGCUCCAGACAGCUGCUGGGAGUCUACCUCAGAAUUGGCUGAGCUUGGGUCUUCUGCUCUCCAGGCCAGCAGACUCUGGAGGCUGAGGCCUGUCUCUGCCUUCUCUGAUUCUGAGCUUGUUGUGCACAGUCAGCACGGGCCCGGCUUUGAGGGAAAGGAGCCUUGUCUGGACACAUGCUCUGGAAGGACAACCCAGUAGGUACUCGUGGCAUUGGCUGAUAACAGUAUCAUGCACAGUCGUUGCUGAGGGGCAAGUCUGCUGUCAUUGCCUAGGGUCCCUAGGAUUGGGGAGAGUACCAGAAGGAGUGGGCCUUUUAUUUUUUUAUUUUUUUAAAUCCGGAUGAGAUCAUAGGAAGAAGGAAAACCUAUUUAGGGGACUUACCCUCACCCCCAAAACACUUUUACCCCAAGGGUGCCUUGCCAUCAAAACUGGAGGAUAUUUCAGUUACUCUUAAUGCUCAUGUGGGUCAGACUUGGUUUUGAGGGAGGUUUAAAGCCAGGCACAAGGUUAGUUUCAAAUAUUAAUCUAAUUUUUCCUUUUUUUUUUUUUUUUUUUUUUUUUUU